AGGGGAACCAGACCCAGAGACGUCCAAACCAGCGAUGCCACACCACUGCUCCCAGUGUAAUAUGGGUUUUAAGUGGUUAUGGAAGCUAAAAGAGCAUGAAAGGAAACACACAGGAGAAAAGCCUUUCCACUGCUCCCAGUGUGGAAAGACAUUUUCGAGAUCACAGAACCUAAAAAUACAUCAGAGGACACAUACAGGGGAGAAACCUUUUCUCUGCUCCCAGUGUGGAAAGUGUUUUACCCAGUUAUGGAGCCUGAACAAACAUAAUAGAAUACACACAGGAGAAAAGCCUUACCACUGUUCCCACUGUGGAAAGAAUUUUAGGUUGUUAGAUAAGCUGAAGGAACACGAGAGGACACACACAGGGGAGAAACCUUAUCAUUGCUCCAUGUGUGGAAAGAGUUUUACCCAUUUAGGGAGCCUGAACAAACAUAAUAGAAUACACUCAGGAGAAAAGCCUUACCCCUGUGCACAUUGUGGAAAGAGAUUUUCACGCUCACAGGACCAAAAAUCACAUGAGAGGACACACACGGGGGAGAAACCUUUCCACUGCUCCCUGUGUGGAAAGGAUUUUACCCAUUUAGGGAGCCUGAACAAACAUAAGAAUAGAAUACACUCUGGAGUGAAGCCUUACCCAUGUUCCCAUUGCCUAAUGAAUUUCAGGUUGUUAAAUAACCUUAAGGAGCAUGAGAGGACACACACAUCUUACCACGGUCCCCGUGGUAAAGGAGUUGACCAAUUUAGGGAACCUAUAAGAUCAUGCGAGGACACACAGGGGCCAAAUCAUGCAAUCGCUCCCAGUGUGGAAAGAGUUUAAACCCAGUUAGGAAACCUGAAAAGGCACGUGGACAUACACACACACACACAGGGGAGGAUAAAGCUCACAGUUUGGAAAGAGUUUUAGUCAGGGAACCUAAUUGUGGAAAGACAUUUUCCCGGACAGAAG